CCCGCUUUGAGUGGUUACCGGAAGUCAUUGUCUUCACUCUUCUCUGCAGAAGAGUUUGCGAAAACCAUUCUGUUGCAAAAAAAGUGGAGUCAUUUCCAAUAUGGCGUCGCUUAAUGACAGAUCGGUGUGGGAUGAGGUGGAGGAUGGAAUUGGUGAGGAAGUACUCAAAAUGUCCACCGAAGAGAUUAUUCAGCGCACGCGUCUUCUGGACAGUGAAAUCAAGAUCAUGAAGAGUGAAGUUCUGAGAGUGACUCAUGAACUUCAAGCAAUGAAGGAUAAAAUCAAAGAAAACACUGAAAAGAUCAAAGUUAACAAGACCCUGCCUUACUUGGUCUCCAAUGUUAUUGAGUUGCUGGAUGUGGAUCCAAAUGACCAGGAGGAAGAUGGUGCGAACAUUGAUUUGGAUUCACAGCGUAAAGGGAAAUGUGCUGUCAUAAAAACUUCAACAAGACAGACAUACUUUCUCCCAGUAAUUGGUUUGGUGGAUGCUGAGAAGUUGAAGCCAGGAGACCUUGUGGGGGUGAACAAGGACUCUUACCUAAUCCUGGAGACUCUGCCCACAGAGUAUGACUCCCGGGUAAAGGCCAUGGAGGUGGAUGAACGUCCCACUGAGCAAUACAGCGACAUUGGGGGCUUGGACAAACAGAUUCAGGAGCUGGUUGAAGCCAUUGUUCUGCCAAUGAAUCAUAAGGAAAAAUUUGAGAACCUGGGCAUCCAGCCGCCAAAGGGGGUGCUGAUGUAUGGACCCCCAGGCACAGGGAAGACAUUGCUGGCAAGAGCUUGUGCUGCCCAGACCAAGGCCACCUUCCUGAAGCUCGCUGGCCCACAGCUUGUCCAGAUGUUUAUUGGUGAUGGGGCUAAAUUGGUCCGUGAUGCCUUUGCUCUGGCCAAAGAGAAGGCCCCCUCAAUUAUCUUCAUUGAUGAGCUUGAUGCUAUUGGAACUAAACGGUUUGAUAGUGAAAAAGCUGGAGACAGAGAGGUGCAGAGAACCAUGCUGGAGCUUCUCAAUCAACUGGAUGGAUUUCAGCCCAACAUGCAAGUUAAGGUUAUUGCUGCCACAAACCGAGUAGACAUACUGGACCCAGCUCUGCUGCGUUCAGGUCGUCUCGACCGCAAGAUUGAGUUCCCCAUGCCCAAUGAGGAAGCGCGGGCCCGCAUCAUGCAGAUCCACUCACGCAAGAUGAAUGUCAGUCUCGACGUUAACUAUGAGGAGCUGGCUCGGUGCACAGAUGACUUCAAUGGUGCCCAGUGCAAGGCUGUAUGCGUGGAGGCAGGUAUGAUUGCACUGCGUAGGGGGGCAACAGAGCUAAACCAUGAAGAUUACAUGGAGGGCAUCCUGGAGGUGCAGGCCAAGAAGAAGGCUAACCUACAGUACUAUGCCUGAGAGGUUGAUUGUGGGACAUCAAAACUAGGGGGCACUGUGGGCAUGUGUGGCAUUUUAGUCCUUGAUGGUUUAAAUGAGGUUUCUUGGACCUCUCUUUCUCAGUGGAGUGAUUACAUUCCUUUAAUAGUACCCUUAUUAGAACCAAUUUCACUGUUGUGCUGUGGUGUGGAGUGUUUUCAGUUGGCAUACAAUAACCUUACUCGAUAUGAGGGUUUUAGGUUCAUGAAGCCUCAUUUUUCCAUCCUUACUUUCAGUAUGUAACAUUUCAAGGACUGGGGUUAUUAACAGGAGUGAAGAGUACCUGUAUUAUGUUCUUCGUAUCAAUUCUUUCAUCUCAUAAUCCCAAGAAUUAAAAGAUUUUUUUGAAUGAAUGAA